UGUGAUUAGUGAGUGUUUUGACUGCUUUGACACUACAUAAACAGUCUUCAAACUUCAAACAUCAUUCAGUUUCGAUAAGCCUGGUGUCUGCUGAGAUUCAAGAUGACUGGGUCUGCCACAGAGUCAGUCCCCGCUGAGAAAUCCUCAAGCAAUCCCCUAGAACAAUUCAUUCUCCUAGCGAAGACAGCCAAGGGGGCAGCGGCCCUAGAAUUGAUAAAACAAGCUGUGGAGACCCCAGGAGUCAACGUAUUCGGGGAACUCCUGGACAUGCCCAACAUAAAAGAGCUUGAGAACGGUCCCCACGCCGAGUACUGGAACACUCUCAACCUCUUCGCCUACGGAACGUACAAGGAAUACCUCGCCAACAAAGACAAACUUCUAGAAUUGACUCCAACGCAGAAGAAGAAGCUGCAGCACCUGACGAUUGUCACGCUAGCUGAGAAAUCCAAGUGCAUUCCCUACUCAGUCCUCCUGCAGGAGCUGGACAUCAAGAAUGUGAGGGACCUGGAGGACUUGAUCAUCGAGGCUGUCUAUGCAGACAUCAUUCAUGGAAAAUUGGAUCAGAAGAAUUCUCAGCUCGAAGUCGAUUAUGCAGGGUUGGGGAGGGACGUCAGGCCUGGAGAGACUGGAGCUGUUGUCGACACUCUGGCUGCUUGGGGAGAGACUUGUGACGCUGUUCUCGCUUGUAUCAAGAAGCAGGUUAUCGAAGCCAAUACUGCCAAACACAAUGCCACGCAGCAUAAGGAUAAAGUCCAACAGAGUAUUGCCCUGAUGAGGAAGUCAAUUCUAUCACAAGUUCAAGAAGCUGAUAUUGCUGGAGGUAGCUCAGCUGGGGGCAGUGAGUCGAGCAGAGAGGCACUCUCAAUUCCCCCGGAUUCCAAGAAAAAACAGCAAAAGGGAAAAGGGCUGAGGGGUAGUGGAACUGUGAAUGCUCAAAAUGGUAGCAUGAAGUGAUAGCCACCGAUAAUUGGAUACAUCGAAUGCAUUGAAUCCUGAAAAAUCUUAGAAUAAUUGGGUAAAAGGAGUAAUUGUUGUACAUGAAAUUUUUCAAAUAAUCAAUAAAAUUUAUGAUAUUUUUUUUAUUUACGUAA